GACUUCAUUUCGCUUCGGAUAUCCCUCAACUACGUGCUUGGCAUCAUGGCGAACGAAGGCGACUGGACUUGCGACGCCAAUGACGCUCUCCACCUGUCUCUAGUCCAACCUGCCGACGAUGCCAAACUCAAGACCCUCUCCAACUUCCAACCUCAAUUCACAUAUCCCAUCUUCGGCGAUGAGGAGCAGAUCUUCGGCUACAAAGGCCUGAUCAUCCGCAUGCGAUUUGCUGCCCACGAUCUACGCCCGCAUCUUCACAUAUCUUAUGACGAGAAGUUCAAGCCUGUGGGCGAUGUCGUCCCUGUUGAUCUACUGAAGACUCUGAAGCCAUGGAUUCCUGAAGAGGCUUUCGCUGUACUCCCCGAUUACGAGAAGGCUGUUUUGGAGGACAAGGACGCCAAGGACUUUGUACCCCCAGGCAAACUCGUUCACAGCUACGUCACCGAACAGAGAACAUAUGAGGUCUGGGCAGGGUCGUUAGCGGAUCCCGAAGUGAGACGAUUGUUGGAUCGCGCACAAGUCUUCGUUUCACUUUUCAUCGAAGCUGGGACACCGAUAGUCACGGAUGACCCUGACUGGACACUUGAAAGAUGGACGGUCUACUUUGUUUACGAGAAGGUGACGCGACCGGUGCCCACUGCUUCACAAUAUUCUAUUGUCGGAUAUGCGACAACAUAUCGCUGGUGGUUCUACCAGAGAGACACGACACAAAAGCCUACAGUCCAAGAUAGCCCGUUCCCCGCGUCUGAGGUGAUAAGGCCCGCUCAGCUUCCGGCGCGGUUGCGAAUUGCGCAAUUCCUUAUACUUCCUCCUCAUCAAGGCUCGGGCCAUGGCAUCCAUUUGUACACAACUAUCCACGGCGCCUGUCUCAAUGAUCCCACGAUCUCCGAACUGACCGUUGAGGACCCGAAUGAAGCCUUUGAUGCCCUCCGCGACACUGCCGACUAUCACAUCCUGCGCCCCGAGUUUGUCAAGCACAAUCUGAACAUAAAUCCGGAUCCAUACGGAGUAACGGCGAAGAGGCCUCGUCCUCGGCGCGUGCCUACAUCAGCCCUGAUUCCGACCAAGCUGCUUCAUGAGAUCCGCUCGUCGUUCAAGAUUGACUCCACCCAGUUUGCUCAUAUCUUGGAGAUGUAUCUCCUGGGCCAGAUCCCUCUGAAGAGCCGGUUAGCUGGUGGUACCAAUAUGGCUCGCCUGUUGAUCAAGAAGCAUAAUGCAGAAGACCCCAAUGAUAGGCGGUACUACUGGUGGCGCAUGCUCACCAAGCAGCGUCUCUACAAACGCUCUCGGGAUCUCUUGAUCCAAUUGGAUCUGAGUGACCGCGUUGAGAAGCUGGAGGAGACCGUCACCAAUGUCGAGGAAGGCUAUGAAGCACUGCUGAAGGCCUUCAACGCCCGCGAAGAGGCACUGAAAGCUAAGGAGGAAGCGAUGGGCGACGCAGCGACCGCAGAGUCGACUGUUGUCCUGAAUGAGCCGGGUCAAGGCUCUAGAGAGCCGCGCAACAAGCGCAAACUCACAGUGGCAGAUGACGAGGAUGAUGAAGAGGAGGAGGACGGGGAUUUGCUGAAUAAGCGGCCAAAGGUGUAGAGAGCCAACUGCAUGCGCACACAAUGUAUCCUUGGUCGAUGCGUUCGUGACAAGGUCAAUGUACUAAUAAGCUUUAUGAUCCAUCCAAAACUGUUUUGGCA